AUGUCGUGGACGCAGCAGGCUGGUUUCUGGAGUCGUCCCCUCGACUGCUACGAGCGAUACUUCCAGCUGGUGGGCGCCAGCCAAGGCCUAGACGGCCAUGACCAUUUCCUGCUGGUUGGCGCUGUCCAAAUCGAAGAUCCCGCGCCGAUUGACUUGGUCGCAGGGUUAAGAUCCGCUUGGAAAUGCCUCCGUCUACGGCACCCAGACAUCGCCACCACAUAUCACCCAGGCGAGAAGCGCUACUCCCCGAUCCGCACCGAGACCGAGCUCGACACCUGGUGCGAUCUGACCUUCCACGUGGAGGAGGCGGUGCAGUCGAGCGGCCAUCUCCUCCGGGAGCAACACCUCGCGGGCUCCCAUGCGACCUGCCACUGGAUCCCGGCCAGUAACGAGAUCUGCAUCGUCUCGGGCCCGUACCGACUGGAUGAGUACGCCAUCACCACCUUCCUGCACCAGCUUCUCUCCCACCUGCAUAACCCCUAUCCACUCCCCGCGAACCUGGACGGCUCCGAAGCACGCCAGCUGUUCCCUCCCCUGGAUAUCGUUGUCGGGAUGCCCACCACCCGCGACCCGAGCUGGUCGCGCCGCGCAGACAAACUCAUAGCCCUCCACCAGAGAGGCGGGCCAUCAAUUGGCCUCCCCAUCGAUGCCGACAAAGUAGCCGCGAAGCCAAUGUGCACGCGGCACGUCGAACUGCGCAUCCCCGCAAAACAAGCCACCGCGCUCCGCGAUGGCUGCCACGAAAGGGACAUCGCUCUGAGCGGCGCAAUGCACACCUCGGUCGUCGUCGAGACAGCCGCUCGCGCGCCCCAAUGUAGCCUCGCAACACGGUACAUCUCCCUCAUGGCGUUUGACCUGCGCCGACACUGGCUGCCUCCAUUCGGGGGACCCACACAGGCGCCUCUCCUCCGAAUGACCGGCAUCCCAAUCAACAUCGACGCCCGCGCGCCCUGGAGCGAGCUCGUGCAAAUCGUCGAGCCGAUGUGCCGGCAGACGUGGGAACGCGGCGCGAGCGACAUGCUCUUUGUGCGGGUGGCGUUUGCUGAGAAGGUCGCGGCGCUCGUGGAGACGGGGCAUCCUGCGCCGCCCGACCAGCCGCAGAACUCGUCGCCGUAUUUCUUUAACAUGGGUGCGCUCGAGGAGCGGAUUCAGAGGUCGUAUGGUGAGACUAUCCAUGUUCGCAACGUGCAGGUCUUCGGUCAGAUGCUGUCCAAACAGGUGUAUGUGAGGUCGUGGAGUUGGGGGGAUGCCAUGUACCUGAGCGCGUGCUACAACGAGGCCUAUUACGCGGAUGCGUAUGUGGACACGUUUUUGAUGGCGAUAAGGGAUAAUCUUGUUGAGAAUCUGUCGUCUCCGGAGCGGCGGGCCCCUCGGCGACACGCCAAGUGUAGGUCCCCAGUUGACGGAUCUUGGUGCAAUGUCAUGUAA